AGUAGGUUGUUCACUACACUAGCGCACUAAAGCUAGCUCAUUUCGUAUGCCACUGGACGACAUGGGGGCUGUGUUUCUCAGCCAUUAUUGACAGCGGUACAGCUGAGAGUCUACUUAUAAUAAGAAAUAAAACAGAGAGCCCUCUUCAUAUCAAGCUGCCAGGUCAGGCGUGAACAUGGAGUCUAUGCUGAACAAGCUAAAAAGCACCGUCACCAAGGUGACGGCAGAUGUCACCAGUGCUGUCAUGGGCAACCCGGUGACACGGGAGUUUGAGGUUGGACGACAUCUUGCCAGUGGGGGUCCUGGCUUGUGCUGGAGGAUCUAUAACGGCACCAAGAAGUCCACCAAACAGGAAGUAGCAGUGUUUGUGUUUGAUAAGAAGAUGGUUGAUAAAUAUCAGAAAUUUGAGAAGGACCAAAUCGUUGAUUCCCUGAAAAAAGGGGUGCAACAGCUGACCAGACUGCGUCACCCCCGUCUCCUGACUGUGCAGCAUCCUCUUGAAGAGUCACGAGACUGCCUGGCGUUCUGUACAGAGCCGGUGUUUGCCAGUCUGGCCAACGUGCUGGGUCAGUGGGAUAACCUGCCCAGCCCUAUGCCCAACGACAUCAAGGAGUACAAACUAUAUGAUGUGGAGACCAAGUUUGGCCUGCUACAGAUCUCCGAAGGUUUGUCCUUUCUCCACAGUGGGGUGAAAAUGGUCCACGGAAACUUGUGUCCAGAGAACAUCAUCCUGAACAAGAGUGGAGCCUGGAAGAUCAUGGGCUUCGACUUCAGCAUCUCCUCUAUCAACCCCUCAGACACUGAGCUUAAGUACACGUGUAAAGAGUGGGAGCCCAACCUCCCUCCACUCUGCCUCCCCAACCCCGAGUACCUGGCUCCCGAGUACAUCCUGUCGGUCAGCUGCGACGCCGCCUCCGACAUGUACUCACUGGGCGUGGUCAUGCAUGCCGUCUUCAACGAGGGCAAGCCCGUUUUCCAAGUCAACAAGCAUGACAUAUUCAAGAGCUUCAGCAGGCAACUGGACCAGCUGAGCAGCAUAAGUCCAGCUGUGCUGAACAAGCUCCCAGAGGAGGUCAGGGAGCAUGUCAAGAUGCUGCUCAGCGUCGCCCCCAACGUCCGACCCGAUGCAGACCAGAUGACCAAGAUUCCAUUUUUUGACGACGUGGGCGCUGUGACCCUGCAGUAUUUUGACUCCCUCUUCCAGAGAGACAACCUACAGAAGUCCCAGUUCUACAAAAGCCUCCCUAAAGUCCUGCCCAAACUCCCCAAGAGAGUGGUGGUGUAUCGAAUCUUGCCGGCGCUGACCUCCGAGUUUGUGAACCCGGACAUGGUUCCCUUCGUGCUGCCCAACGUGCUGCUGAUCGCAGAGCAGUGCACCAAGGAGGAGUACGUUCGUCUCAUCAUGCCCGACCUCACGCCUGUUUUCAAGCAGCAAGAGCCCGUUCAGGCUAGUAACAUGAUCCUGCUGAUAUUCCUGCAGAAGAUGGACUUGCUGUUGACUAAGACGCCCUCGGAGGACAUUAAGAACAGCGUGCUGCCUAUGGUGUACAGAGCUCUGGAAGCGCCUUCUGUACAGAUCCAGGAGCUGUGCCUGAACAUCAUCCCGACGUUCGCCAACCUGAUCGACUACCCGUCCAUGAAGAACUCCCUCAUCCCUCGAAUCAAAUCCGCCUGCCUACAGACGUCUUCACUAGCUGUACGAGUGAACUCUCUGGUGUGUUUGGGGAAGAUUUUGGAAUAUCUCGACAAGUGGUACGUCAUUGAUGAGAUCCUGCCCUUCCUACAACAGAUCCCCUCCAGAGAACCAGCAGUACUCAUGGGCAUUCUAGGAAUAUAUAAGUGCACCUUCAGCCACAAGAAGUUGGGCAUCCCCAAAGAGCACCUUGCCUCGAAGAGCCUGCCGCACCUCGUCUCUCUUAGUAUAGACAACAACCUCAACCUUAACCAGUUUAACUCCUUCAUGGUGGUUAUACGGGACAUGCUGGGUCGCAUGGAGGCCGAACACAAGACCAAGCUGGAGCAGCUGCACAUCAUGCAGGAGCAGCAGAGGAGUUUAAACAUCCCAGGGAACCAAUCAGAGAACACCAAGAGCCCUCUCAGCAGUGUCAACCAGAUUGAAGAUAUAUUUGGCAGCACAGGGGUUAAUGGGAAAGAGAAUGGAUCUGCAGCAACAGCCCCACAGCCGAAUAGAAUGUCUUUGACUCUAGAGGAGAAGCAGCGAUUGGCUAAGGAGCAGGAGCAGGCAGCCAAACUGAGGAACCAGCAGCCUUUAGCACCUCAGAGCAUCAAACCAGCCAACACCACCAACACAAAGACUAAAGAUCUGACGAGCAGCCUGCUGAACAGCAUGACAUCGCUAAACAGCCUCUCCCUGACCAACCCAGCACGACCAGCCCCAGUGCAGGGCUCCACCUUCCCCUCCUCCGGCCCCAUGGUUGGCUCCAUGGGCGCGCCGGUCUCCAACGGCUUUAACCCUCCAAUGGGCUUUCAGGCAGGAGGCAUGGGGAUGGGCAUGCGGCCCACAGGCCCCGGCCUCUACAGCGGCAUGGCCACCACCACCAGCACCCCAAACUUUGGAGCUCUCACGCAGAAUCAAGGACCCAUUGGGCAGACAAAUAAAAACCCCGACUUGUCAGCCUUGGACAGUCUUUUUACACCCAGCCAGCCCAAAGUCACCCUCAACCAAAUGGGUCCGAAGGCUACACCUGGAACCAACAGUCCGUGGCUCAAUCAGUACGGUUCAGCCCCGAGCGCUCAGACUCCGAUGCACGGUGCACCAGUCGGUAUAGGAGGAGUGCCCAGCGGGUUCGGAAUGCAAGCGAAUCCUUUUUUCAACCCGCAGAACUUUUCUCAACCUGCUGCUGCCCCUAGCGUGAACCAAAGUGGAAUUAAACAUAGUGCGUCUGUCAACAAUGACCUGAAAGACUUAUUUGGCUAAAACAAAAAACAAAAAAACAAAAAAAAAAGACGCCAGGUUAAGUAUAUUCUUUUAAUAACUUUGGAUAGAAGAGCCUUGAAGUCUCACAGAACAAGACACUGAUCGAAUAUGAAGAUUUCAAAUCCUUCCAAGGGGGGGGGUUGCCGUCUGUAUUUUUAAAUAUAUGGUAUAAAUUCUGACUCAGCCGGCAAAUUAACCUGAAUUCCAUUUCUACUUGACCAGAAGGACAAACGGGUAGGGGGUGGGAACUACUCGUUCGAUGCUGUGUUCUUUAAAGGCUGGGGGGUUUCCUACUGUUUUUUUUUUUUUGUACUUGACAUACUUGGGAGUCCAAAUGUGGUGAGUUGAGAUGAAUCCCAACUCAGUUUCUUCAGGAAGGUUCUGUGUUCAUAUCAUGAAUAAUGGAGUGGAUUUCACUUUCUGAACAAGUCGCAUCAGAAUCACCCCCCCCCAAAAAAAAAAAAAAAGGUUUUAUAUCUGCUCAGUUUCAGACUUCUGUAUCUUUAUUGCUUCUCCAAACUAUUUUAGGAUUUGUUGCAUGUGUAAAGUGAUCAGAGAGCCCAGUGGGGAGGGAGCUUGAUCAGUCACUGAUCUGCAUCCAGGAGGCUCCUCAGUGGAGACCAUCUGAAAAAAGGGGGGGGGGGGGGGGGGGGGGGGUGUAGAAAAUCUCUAGAAAUCUUCAUUUUGUGAAAACAAUGAUCCAGUCUGGUCAUUUUCCUUUUUAAACCUUUUUGUCUUAUUCUUUUCACUUCAGGUUUUUCGUUGCUUAUGUUUUGAUUUGUAAGCGUGUUGAAAAGGGAAGCGUUACCUUUUCGUCAGGUCAACGUUUGUUGUCGACCAUUUCAUCUCUUUUGGUAACAAAAAAAACAAACAUAUCAAUUUGUGUAAAUGAUUUUCUGUGUCUUAUAGUGGAACAGGGUGUGUGCGGAGCAGCGACUACAGCAGUGUCCUUCUAACAAGAUGCUAACGCUAAAGGCGAUGAACAAGGACCACAUGCACCGCUUAGGCUAUCGUGCCUUUACAUGGGUACACGUGUAGGACUCGACGGCACUCAUCUGUUACUCAAGUAUUAAUAUUUUCUCUUUUAAUCAGCUGUCUGGCAUUUGCUUCUCAAAUUACUUGUUACUGAACUUGACCACAAAAGAUCUAAAGUUAGAUUUUUUAGCAUAUUGUCCAAUAAGUUUUAAUGAUUCCAGUGACAUUUUAUCCCAGCUGGAUUUGUUCUGAUGAAGCAUCUCAAAAAUCCUCCUGUGCACCGUUUCUGUUGACCAAUUUGUACGAUGAUUAAGAUAUUCACUAUAUAUUUUCAGCACUUUUCGGCUGUCCGAGGACCUGCUCACAUAUUAUUAUUAUUAUUAUUCUGGAGUGUAAAUAUAUAGUUAUUUAACGAUGGGUUGCUCUGUGAGGGCCUUGGCAUUUUGAUGUCCUUGUGAAGAUGGUUAAGAGGCCUUAGAUGAGUUGGUGCAAUAAUCCUCGUUGGUUGUUCGGCGUGCUGGUGGAUGGAGUCGACCUACAACAGUUACACGGGUCCACGGGAACAUUAACGUGUACUCAUUCUAAAUCUUACAUUUUGGGAAGAGAAUCGCACCAUUUUGGGUUUAUUUUCAGUUUUUUAGAAGCACCUUGGUCACACAAUGAUUGUUGUUAACGCGCCGUGUAGCGUCUGUUAAUGGAUCAACUUUGGUUCUCGUGUAUUAAUGCCGAGCUCUCCAGUGUUUUCACUUUUCUUUUCAUGCAAGACUACAAAUGUUUCUGUGAUCGGAGCUGUUUCAUCUGUAGAUCGCCGUUCAUUACAUUACAUUACAUUCAUUAUGUGGCGGUUUUGAUUUAAUCACAAAGUGGAUGUGACCUGUGAAGCGUGCAGAACCCCCAAAGCAGAGAACUAAAAGCUUAUUCUUCUACAAGAUUGUUUGUUUGUAUUCCACUGCUGUCGAUGUGUGUGUGUGUGUGUAGUGUUGUAUGUGCUGAGGUGCUGGUCUCUGAGGUGGCUCAAUGAAAAUCUGUACAUAUAAAGAAAAGUACACAAUCUAA